CUGUUCCUGUUAAAAACCUUGACCUCCAAAUAAAUGUAAUGUCAGGACCCACCAAUCGGACCCCCACAGGUUCUAAGGAGCUCGAGCUAGCCCAGACAGGGCUAGGAAAACGAAUGGUGUCAGUGCCAGAGGACAGCAGCCAUAAAGAGAUAGUGUCACUGAUAGAAGAGGAGUUUUUGAAACUCCGCCCCCUUGAAGGAAGGUGGAUGUUUUUCAAGGCAACAGGAGGCAGUGGCCAAAGGAAGCUCUCUAUCGUCCCCAUGGACACAGAAGGCUACUCUGUCCGGCAGCUUCGCACUGCAUCAAACAAUGGGAAAAAUGUCCUCUUUUUGGUUCCUCUGCAAGAGGAGUUGGACACAGAGCCACUUCCUUACAAUGCAGCAGAAUUUGCAAGGAUGCCACAGGUGCCUUGCCUGACUUGCAAUACAACCAUGCCCCUGCAAAUGUUGGCACUUCAUGCCGAGAAUUGCCAACCAACAACAGAGGAGCAGAGUGGUGUGGCGGUCAUAGAGGAGGAGAAUGAGGAGGAGAAUGAUGCCAUUGGCACUUCAGAGGAGCAAGGGGUGUGCCCUAUAUGCCAAGAAGUAUUUCCUACUUCAGUGCUCCCUCUUCAUGCCAGUGUUUGUGCAGAAAGAUCCUUCUGCAACAACACAAUUGUGGAGCCUGAUAUGGAGGUUCCAGGCCCUUCAUCUGCAGAUUCCUCUGUGGCUCGAUCAGCCCUUCGUUUAACAACUUCUUUAGCAACAGCAUGGAAAACAGCAGAUACCCCCCUAGAAGCCAUGCGGCUGUUUCUACAAGAACUGAGGCAAGGAGGAGAACACCAGCCAUCUCUACUGCUGUCACUGGAUGCCAGGGAUGAUGAUGAGGAGCGGGACAGUGCCCUUGUUUCUUUUUACAAAGAAAUGCGUCAAAAGAGCCAAUGGACAGCACCUUUCAAGUGCCGCAUUCUAGGGGAUGCUGCAGUUGGUGUGGGGGUUGCUAGACAUACCCUGUCAUCAACCAUUUCCAAAUUAAAACAUGGGUUUAAACUGAACUUGGGAAAUGCUGCAGUGACUACAAUGUUUGAAGGACAAACAGACCACCUUGUGCCUGCCUUGUCCGCAGCCCUCAUUGCACUGCACUCAUGA